AUGGACGAUGCCGCGGUCCUCAGGAAGAAGGGUUACAUCGUGGGCAUCAACCUCGGCAAGGGCUCCUACGCCAAGGUCAAGUCGGCCUACUCCGAGCGCCUCAAGUUCAACGUGGCGGUCAAGAUCAUCGACCGCAAGAAGACCCCCACGGACUUCGUGGAGAGAUUCCUGCCCCGGGAGAUGGACAUCCUGGCCACCGUCAACCACCGCUCCAUCAUCAAGACCUACGAGAUCUUCGAGACGUCGCACGGGCGCAUCUACAUCGUCAUGGAGCUCGGCGUCCAGGGCGACCUGCUCGAGUUCAUCAAGUGCCGGGGGGCCCUGCACGAGGACGACGCGCGCGAGAAGUUCCGCCAGCUCUCCUCGGCCGUCAAGUACUGCCACGACCGGGACGUCGUGCACCGGGACCUCAAGUGCGAGAACCUCCUCCUGGACAAGGACUUCAACAUCAAGCUGUCCGACUUCGGCUUCUCCAAGCGCUGCCUGCGGGACGACAGUGGGCGGCUGGCGCUGAGCAAGACCUUCUGCGGGUCGGCAGCGUACGCGGCCCCCGAGGUGCUGCAGGGCAUCCCCUACCAGCCCAAGGUCUACGACAUCUGGAGCCUGGGCGUGAUCCUCUACAUCAUGGUCUGCGGCUCCAUGCCUUACGACGACUCCAACAUCAAGAAGAUGCUGCGCAUCCAGAAGGAGCACCGCGUCGACUUCCCGCGCUCCAAGCACCUCACGGGCGAGUGCAAGGACCUCAUCUACCGCAUGCUCCAGCCCGACGUCAACCGGCGGCUGCACAUCGACGAGAUCCUCAGCCACUGCUGGCUGCAGCCCCCCAAGCCCAAGGCCCUGUCUUCUGGUUCCCUCAAGCGGGAGGGUGAGGGCAAGUACCGGGCCGACUACAAGCUGGACGCCCGGCCGGGCUCGCGAGCCGAGCAGCAGCCCGACCACAAGCUGGGGGCCAAGACCCAGCACCGGCUGCUGGUGGUGCCCGAGAACGAGGACAGGGUGGAGGACAGGCUGGCCGAGCCCUCCAGGGCCAAAGACCAUCUCCCCCCUGGGGCCGAGGUGGGGAAGGCGAGCACCUAG